AUGGUAAAUCAAUCCGGGUCUUAUGAGAAUGUUGGUUUCAUCCGUACGGAUCUGCACAACCAUAUUCAAGCCGAACGUAAAGCUGAAGUUGAGGAUGAUUCGAAAUCGCGGGCCGACUACACAAAGUUUGGUGAUGUGUUGAUAUUUGACUCAACUUACAGAACCAAUGCAUACAAGAAACCUUUUGUCAUGUUGGCUGGUGUGACUAGAUACUUUAGGACCACGAUAUUUGCAUGUGUUUUGCUAGCUAAUGAGACAAGUGAGACAUACACAUGGAUUUUGGAAACAUUUAUGGAGGCAAUGGGCAAUAAAGCACCUAUGUCCGUACUGACAGAUGGGGAUAAGGCGAUGCGAGAGGCAAUCAGAAGAGUAUUUCCAGACGCAAGACAUCGAUUAUGUAAUUGGCAUCUUGGGAAAAAUGUUGUUUCAAAUGUUCACAUAAAUGGCUUUGCACAUGCUUUCAAGCAGUGCAUGGAUAUGGAAACGGAUGAGACAAAGUUUGAGCAUGGCUGGACGACAAUGGUUGAAAAAUUUGGACUUCAAACCAACAGUUGGGUGUUGGAGACAUAUGAGAAGCGUCAUAUGUGGACUGAGGCAUAUAUGCGUGGACAUUUCUUUGCUGGGAUGAAGAGCACUCAGCGCUCGGAGUGUAUGAAUGCUUAUUUCAAUCUCUUCCUCCAACACAAAUUGAAACUAUAUGAAUUUGUUAGGCACUAUGAUCGGGCACUUUCAAGGAUAAGGUAUAAUGAGGCUGGAGAUGAUGCUGAAACAAAUAACACUUUUCCAGUUUUGAUUACUCCAUUGCGAGAUAUAGAGAGACAUGGAGCUGAGCUACUCACCCAAAAUAUAUUUAGAAUGUUCCGUGAUGAAAUCUUAGAAGAGGGGAAGUUGAAUGUCAAGGACGUGUUCCCUUUGCCGGAUGGUCAGAAAUGCUACUAUAUUCAUAAGUACAAAUUGAAGGAUAGUUCAUAG